GAGUAUAGAGAUGCGAGUUUGGGAUGUUUCUCAGUGAGGGCUAAUAAUACAAAAAGCUUAUCCAGAAAAAGUUAUACUUAACAAGAAGACUGGUUUGACUUUCUAGUUAUCUCAUUAACAACGUUUAAGAGCAGCUACUUCCAUUAUUGAGACUUUAUCAUAGUAUAGAAUGGUCAGGAGGUCAUGGGUUCUGGUUAAGACAUUGCCACAUGUUAUCAUCCCUUUACACAACCCUAGGGAAAAUACAUGUCAAGGUACUAUGUGCAGAGCACCGAGUACAGGCUUUUUUCUACCUAAAUAUCUUAUUUAAUGCUACAAAGUAAUUGAUAACCCCAUUACCUCAGAGGCUGAGUCACAGAAGUCAUAGAACUGUCAUUUGGCAGGCACCAAAAAUCAAACACACGUUUUCCCUCAUACUGUGCUGCCUUACUGAGACACCAGACUGCAUGUGUACAAAAUAAUGCAAUUUUUCAACUUUGUGUCUUUUAUAGUUCAUUGUUUUUGCCUCUUUUUUCCCUGAUAGGUCAUAAAGUUUCUUGGCGAUGAACAGGACCAGAUAACAUUUGUCACCAGAGCUGUCAGAGUGGUUGACCUCAUUACCAACCUGGAUAUGGCAGCUUUUCAAUCCCACAGUGGACUUUCUAUCUUCAUUUAUAGACUUGAGCAUGAAGUAGAUUUGUGCCGAAAAGAAUGUCCAUUUGUGAUCAAGCCAAAGAUCCAGAGACCCAGUACUACACAAGAAGGAGAGGAAAUGGAAACUGAUAUGGAUGUUGCAGAUGUGACUAUGGAAAGCAGUCCAGGCUCAUCCAUCUCUAUGGAGCACAGGCUGGAUGUUGAAUUAAGGGCAUCAGGUUCCAGCAGCAGCACUAACAUCUCUUCUGGCCCCAGCCCUGGUCCCGGUCCCGGUCCCGGCCCCGGCCCCGGCCCUGGCCCCGGUCCCGGCCCCGGCCCCGGCCCUGGCCCCGGCCCCGGCCCUGGUCCCGGUCCCGGCCCCGGCCCCGGCCCCGGCCCUGGCCCCCGUCCUGGAGUCCAGUGUAUUCCACAACGAGCAGCACUUCUGAAAUCCAUGUUGAAUUUCCUCAAGAAGGCCAUCCAAGACCCUGCUUUCUCAGAUGGCAUACGGCAUGUGAUGGAUGGUUCUCUGCCUACCUCCCUGAAACACAUCAUCAGCAAUGCAGAAUACUAUGGCCCAUCACUCUUCCUCUUAGCUACUGAAGUGGUGACUGUGUUUGUAUUUCAAGAACCAUCACUGCUCUCCUCACUCCAGGAUAAUGGAUUGACAGAUGUCAUGCUGCAUGCACUGCUUAUCAAAGAUGUUCCUGCUACCCGUGAAGUCCUUGGCUCCCUCCCAAAUGUAUUCAGCGCGCUCUGCUUGAAUGCCCGAGGUCUUCAGUCUUUUGUUCAGUGUCAGCCUUUUGAACGCCUCUUCAAAGUUCUUCUGUCUCCAGAUUACCUCCCGGCCAUGCGGAGGAGGAGGAGUUCUGAUCCCCUUGGUAAGUUGUUAGGAUUUACUUUAAAAUAGAAAAUUGAUUUAGUUUGCAAGGAAACUCUUCCUUGAUCUCUUUUCAUCAUUUCACUGGUUAGGUGUGCUAAGUUUAAAGGGAAUUACCACCAUACAUUCUAUUAUAGGUUGGAAGGAAUACGUCAUCUUUAGC